CAGCCACCGUCGGCGCCUGCGGCGUCGCGGCCCGGCGGGCGGCGCGCUCGCGGCUCGCGGACAUGGCGGACGCCUUCGGGGACGAGCUGUUCAGCGUGUUCGAGGACGACCCCGCCGCUGCGCCGGGAGCCAGGAAGGACAAGGACAAGGGGAAAUGGAAGGGGCCCCCGGGGCCCGCGGAGAGGGCCGGGAAGCGUCCCGAUGGCCACCUGCAGCCCGAGCCUACCCACGUCGGGAAAACCAAGAGGGACGCGGAUUUCGAGAGCCCGGACGAGCCCGUCUUCGGGAAGAAGCCCAGGGUGGAGGAGUCUGUAACCGAGGACCUGAGCCUGGCAGACCUGAUGCCCAGAGUGAAAGUGCAGUCGGUGGAAACCGUUGAAGGCUGUACCCACGAGGUGGCUCUUCCUGCAGACGAAGACUAUUUACCGCUUAAACCUCGAGUUGGAAAAGCUGCAAAGGAAUACCCGUUCAUUCUUGACGCUUUUCAAAGGGAAGCCAUUCAGUGUGUCGACAACAACCAGUCUGUCCUAGUGUCUGCCCACACGUCGGCGGGGAAAACCGUGUGUGCCGAGUACGCCAUUGCCCUGGCCCUGCGGGAGAAACAGCGGGUGAUCUUCACCAGCCCCAUCAAGGCGCUGAGCAACCAGAAGUACCGCGAGAUGUACGAGGAGUUCCAGGACGUGGGCCUGAUGACGGGGGACGUCACCAUCAACCCCACGGCGUCCUGUCUCGUCAUGACCACGGAGAUCCUGAGGAGCAUGCUGUACAGAGGCUCUGAGGUCAUGCGGGAAGUCGCCUGGGUCAUAUUCGAUGAGAUCCACUACAUGAGAGACUCAGAGCGUGGCGUGGUGUGGGAGGAGACCAUCAUCCUGCUCCCCGACAACGUGCACUACGUCUUCCUCUCGGCCACCAUCCCCAACGCCCGGCAGUUUGCUGAGUGGAUCUGCCACCUACACAAGCAGCCCUGCCACGUGAUCUACACGGACUACCGGCCCACGCCCCUGCAGCACUACAUCUUCCCGGCUGGCGGGGACGGCCUGCACCUGGUGGUCGACGAGAACGGCGACUUCCGGGAGGACAACUUCAGCACGGCCAUGCAGGUGCUCCGCGACGCGGGGGACCUGGCCAAGGGCGACCAGAAGGGCCGGCGCGGAGGGACGAAAGGACCAUCAAACGUGUUCAAGAUUGUGAAGAUGAUCAUGGAGAGGAACUUCCAGCCCGUGAUCAUCUUCAGCUUCAGCAAGAAAGACUGCGAGGCCUACGCACUCCAGAUGACCAAACUGGACUUCAACACAGACGAGGAGAAGAAGAUGGUGGAGGAGGUGUUCAGCAACGCCAUCGACUGCCUGUCGGAUGAGGACAAGAAGCUCCCCCAGGUGGAGCACGUGCUGCCCCUGCUGAAGCGCGGCGUCGGCAUCCACCACGGCGGCCUGCUUCCGAUCCUGAAGGAGACCAUCGAGAUCCUGUUUUCCGAAGGGCUGAUAAAGGCCCUGUUCGCGACGGAGACUUUCGCGAUGGGAAUCAACAUGCCAGCCAGAACAGUGUUAUUUACAAAUGCCCGGAAAUUCGACGGGAAAGACUUCCGAUGGAUCUCCUCCGGGGAGUACAUCCAGAUGUCCGGCCGCGCGGGCCGGCGGGGCAUGGACGACAGGGGCAUCGUGAUCCUCAUGGUGGACGAGAAGAUGAGCCCGACCGUGGGGAAGCAGCUGCUCAAGGGCUCAGCGGACCCUCUGAACAGUGCCUUCCACCUGACCUACAACAUGGUCCUGAACUUGCUGCGCGUGGAGGAGAUCAACCCCGAGUACAUGCUGGAGAAGUCCUUCUACCAGUUCCAGCACUACCGCGCCAUCCCCGGCGUGGUGGAGAAGGUGAAGAGCUCGGAGGAGCAGUACAGCCGGAUAGUGAUCCCCAACGAGGAGAGCGUGGUCGUGUACUACAAGAUCAGGCAGCAGCUGGCCCGGCUGGGCCAGGAGAUCGAGGCCUACACCCACAAGCCCAAGUACUGCCUGCCCUUCCUGCAGCCCGGCCGCCUGGUGAAGGUGAAGAACGAAGGAGAUGAUUUUGGCUGGGGAGUGGUGGUGAAUUUCUCCAAGAAGUCAAACGUGAAGCCCGGUUCCGGGGAGCUGGACCCCCUGUACGUGGUGGAGGUGCUUCUGCGUUGCAGCCGGGAGAGCCUGGAGAACUCGGCGACCGAGGCGGCCAAGCCGGCCAAGCCCGACGAGCGCGGGGAGAUGCAGGUGGUUCCGGUGCUGGUGCAUCUCCUGUCCGCCAUCAGCAGCGUGCGGCUCUACAUCCCCCGGGACCUGCGGCCGCUGGACAACAGGCAGAGCGUGCUCAAGUCGAUCCAGGAGGUGCAGAAGCGGUUCCCCGACGGCGUCCCGCUGCUGGACCCCAUCGACGACAUGGGCAUCCAGGACCAGGGCCUGAAGAAGGUCAUCCAGAAGGUGGAGGCCUUCGAGCACCGGAUGUACUCGCACCCGCUGCACAGCGACCCCAGCCUGGAGACCGUGUACACGCUCUGCGAGCGGAAAGCGCAGAUCGCGCUGGACAUCAAGUCGGCGAAGCGGGAGCUCAAGAAGGCCAGGACGGUCCUGCAGAUGGACGAGCUCAAGUGCCGCAAGCGCGUGCUGCGGCGGCUGGGGUUCGCCACGUCGUCCGACGUCAUCGAGAUGAAGGGGCGCGUGGCCUGCGAGAUCAGCAGCGCCGACGAGCUGCUGCUGACCGAGAUGAUGUUCAACGGCCUCUUCAACGACCUGUCGGCCGAGCAGGCCGCGGCCCUGCUGAGCUGCUUCGUGUUCCAGGAGAACUCGAGCGAGAUGCCCAAGUUAACGGAGCAGCUGGCCGGCCCCCUCCGCCAGAUGCAGGAGUGUGCGAAGCGCAUCGCCAAAGUCUCGGCAGAGGCCAAGUUGGAGAUCGACGAGGAGACCUACCUGAGCUCCUUCAAGCCUCACCUGAUGGACGUGGUGCACACCUGGGCCACCGGGGCGACCUUCGCCCACAUCUGCAAGAUGACCGACGUCUUCGAAGGCAGCAUCAUCCGCUGCAUGCGGCGCCUGGAGGAGCUGCUGCGGCAGAUGUGCCAGGCGGCCAAAGCCAUCGGGAACACGGAGCUGGAGAACAAGUUCGCGGAAGGAAUCACCAAGAUCAAGAGGGACAUCGUGUUCGCCGCCAGCCUCUACCUGUAGCGCCACGGCCGAGGCGGCGUGGGACUCGUGGCCUGGGCCCCACCACGUGCGGUGGGAGGCGGCGGGGUCCUCCUCAGACGUGGAAUGUGGCGUGAGCUCAAAUCAGGCGUCACCAUGCACGUGUGUGUACAUAAGCGUUACAUUUUU